AUGGCUGCGACCACUGCAGGCAUCAUGGACAUUAUCGAGUUUGAGGAUGAGAUGACUGCACUCCAGGAAACAGCUAGGCGGCACCAAGAGGAAGCAGAUGGCCGGGCUGCAGCAUUGUUUGGCCAAGAUGCCAUCACUGGAGAUGGCACACCAGCCGAAACUUCUUUGCGCACACCCUCCAAUUCUCUGUUCCCUCUUUUCUUGGGCGACUUACAAACUCCUAAUUCUAGGGAUACUUUCGAACCCUUUCAUCCAGAUGUAAAUGGAUGUCCUGGAAGUUUGCUUCUGCUAGGUCACGCUGCCAGCGAGGCAACAGUGGGCACAACUUCCAACAUCUCAUUGAUCAAUUUGGCGACCCAACCCUUGACUCCAUGUACGAAACGCCACUACAAGGAGUAUGCGGAAUUCUGCUGCGAGGAAGCAGAUAUUCCCAAGUCCAAGCAUGCCCACAUUGUCGAAGCAGCACAGCGCCCUCUGCAAGAGCUUAUGAUCAAAGUUCUUGUUGCGGUUAAUGCCCCAAUGAGUGAGGAAGAAGGGCUGUCUGCACUACAGACAUUUAUCGUAUCCGAUGAUACGCUAGAGGAGUUCAUCAAAGCCCCUGUUGACAUCAUCAUGCUGGAUCCAAAGCUAUCGGGCUUCAAACUAGGCUUCACCUCGAGACUUCUGCAUCAUAUUCGAGUCAAUCCAGGACAAUACCAUAUUCCUCACCGGCUCAUACCAUUUCUCACCACGAAAGUGUUCGCCACUGCGAUCAGCCGAUCAAUUAUUGCCUCCCGAGCAGAGAUAAAGCGAAAGCUCAAGGAGCUUUUCCACAAGAAGGCGAACAUCUAUGCACUUGUUAAGAAGCUUGUCGGGAAUCUCAAGUCACAAGUUACCGUGACCGAGGAUCAUUGGUACCGAUGGGCAUGGGUGCACAAUGCAUACAUCCGGUUUGAGAACCUAAAUCUUCAUCAAAAAACCUUCUGGAAUUGGGUCGACAACGACUUGUCACUGCGCCGACAGAGUGUCAAGAAUAUGCCCGAACCUGCUCGCUCAAAGGCUCUCAAAGGGAUGUUCAAGCAAGCUUUCGACAAGCAUUUGAAUGCCUAUCCUCCAAGCAAAAGGCUUACAGCUUCAACACAGCGUGAGACUCUCUGGCAGACCAACGCAGCUCAUUCGAUCUCUGCAAUGGAAGAGUACGACCUUCAUGACAUUCCCAAUGAUGUCGAUGAGGAAGAUGAAGAAUAG